AUGCUUCCAUUAUAUUUAUUAACAGCAGCCAAGAAUAAACCAAUAUUAAUAGAAUUGAAAACAGGAGAAACAUAUAAUGGAAAUUUAACAAAUUGUGAUUCAUGGAUGAAUUUAACAUUACAUGAUGUAAUACAAACAAACCAACGAGGAGAUGAAUUUCAAAAAUUAUCUGAAAUAUAUAUAAAAGGAAUGCAUAUAAAAUACUUAAGAAUACCUGAUCAAGUAAUGGAUUUUGUAAAAGAACAACAAUUACAAUAUCAUCAUAACCAACAACAUCAACAACUGGGGGAUGGUAGAAGGAUGAAGAGGGGAAACUAUCAAAGCGGUGGUGGUAAUAAUAGAAACUAUAAUAGAGAUGGUGGUAGAGAUAAUAGACGUGGAGGAAGAUAUAACAACAGCAAUAAUAAUAAUAAUAAUGGGAAUCGUCGAGGAAACCAACAAAAUAACCAAUAA